UUUCCUGCGUUAUCAUCCUCGUCCCCAAAUCAACUAGGGUUUUACUUAUCUCAGGGUUUUCGCCUUUCACCAUUUCCGCUCAGAGACAUGUCUUCUCUAAUGGCGAUUCGUUGCGCGCGCACCCAUAGUAUCAUCACAGUAGGUUCCCUUCUUCAGGUACGCUCUUCUCUCCCCCAUCUCUCCUCUCGAUUCGCCGUGAACCCAACCUCCAGCAAAAACCUCAGCACAUCCGCCGCCGCGGGUGAUUACCACCGGAAUCCUCACUCCGUCGCGUCUUAUCCUCCGCCGCAACGGCAGAAUCCACCCCCGGGGUUCGAUUCUCACCGUUUUCAAAAUCAAUCAAACACUGAUCAUCAUCGAGCUCCUCAGAGGUACAACCAGAGUCCUCAACACGGCGGCUACAGACCUCAACACGCCCCCCGCGGCGGUUACAAUCAGGUCAAUUAUCAAAACCCUAAUCAGAUCAACGAGAUAGCCCCAACUGUUGAGGAGAUUGUUCGUUUAUGCAAGCUCAGGAGAUUCAAAGACGCUAUCGAGCUGCUCGAUAAGGGCGCUCUCCCUGACAAAGACUGCUUCUCUCUACUCUUCGAGUCUUGCGCCAAUCUGAAAUCCCUCGAGCAUUCCAAGAAGGUGCACGAUCACUUCCUCAGGUCAGUCUUCAGAAGCGAUCCGAAGCUGAACAACGUGGUGAUCAGUAUGUUCGGGGAGUGUAGCAGCGUCACCGACGCGAAGAGAGUGUUUGAUCACAUGGCUGACAAAGAUAUGGACUCUUGGCACGUGAUGAUGCGUGUGUAUAGCGACAACGGGAUGGGAGAUGACGCGUUGCAGUUGUUCGAGGAGAUGACGAAACAGGGGCUGAAGCCUGAUGAGGAGACGUUUGUUAAUGUCUUCUUGGCUUGUGCUACUGUGGGUGGGGUAAAGGAAGCGUUUUUGCAUUUCGAUUCGAUGGAGAAGGAGUUUGGGAUUAGCCCCAGGAGGGAGCAUUACUUGGGUGUUUUGGAUGUUCUUGGAAAAUGCGGGCAUCUCGUUGAGGCGGAGGAGUAUAUCCGCGGCCUUCCGUUUGAAGCUACAGCUGAGUUCUGGGAAGCUAUGAGGAGCUAUGGUAGGAUCCAUGGAGAUAUCGAUUUGGAGGAUUACGCGGAGGAGUUGAUGAUUGAUCUUGACCCUUCUAAGGCUGUGACUAACAAGAUUCCUACCCCUCCGCCCAAAUCAUACAGGGAGACGAGUAUGCUCGCUAGUAGGAGCAGGAUUCUCGAGUUUCGGAAUCUGACUUAUUACAAGGAUGAAGCUAAGGAGAUGGAUGCGAAGAAGGGAGCGGUUUAUGUUCCAGACACGAAAUGUGUUCUGCAUGACAUUGACGAGGAGGCUAAAGAACAGGCGCUGCUCUACCACAGCGAGAGGUUAGCGAUUGCUUAUGGUGUCAUAUGCACCCCGCCUCGGAAGUCCCUCACAAUCAUCAAGAAUCUCCGUGUGUGUAACGACUGUCACAACUUUAUCAAGAUCAUGUCCAAAAUCAUUGGUAGAACGUUGAUUGUGAGAGACAACAAGCGUUUCCAUCACUUCAGUGAUGGUAAAUGUUCUUGUGGCGAUUACUGGUAGAGCUCACAGGUUCUUGAGUGGCGUGUUCCCAUCAUGUAUAGCGCUCCAAAGUCUCCAGAACUCUGCUUGGUGUUGGGAAUUGAAAUAGUAUUUGCUAUGCUGUAACAAAUUUCAUUUGCUUUAGACUUUUUACUUGAGGUAUUAAGUUUGUGUUUCUCGUAUUAUGGCAGAACAUUGGAGAUGUCGGUUUAAAGUUGCAAGAAUUCAUGUUUUUUUUUUAAAGAAUUAGAUUGUAUAAA